AAUUAAUUCAGAUGAGCACCCUAUACUAUUAACUGAAGCACCUUUAAACCCUCAAAAGAAUAAGGAAAAAAUUGCUGAAGUUUUUUUUGAAACAUUCAAUGUGCCUGCUUUAUUUAUUUCUAUGCAAGCCAUUUUAUCUUUAUAUUCUUGUGGAAAGACCAAUGGAACUGUUUUAGAUUGUGGUGAUGGUGUAUGUCAUUGUGUAUCUAUAUAUGAAGGAUAUAAUAUAACCAAUACAAUAACAAGAACAGACGUCGCAGGGAGAGAUAUAACAAACUAUCUAAGCUUUCUCUUAAGAAAAAAUGGUCACCUAUUCAAUACAUCAUCUGAAAUGGAAGUUGUUAAGAAUAUGAAGGAAAAUUGUUGUUAUGUUUCUUUUAAUAUGAAUAAGGAAAAAAACUCUUCAGAAAAAUCUGUUACUACUUUGCCAUACAUACUCCCAGACGGAUCUCAAAUAUUGAUUGGAUCGGAGAGAUAUAGGGCACCGGAAGUGUUGUUCAAUCCGUCCAUUUUAGGAUUGGAAUAUUUGGGUCUAUCUGAAUUAAUUGUAACGUCAAUAACAAGGGCUGAUAUGGAUCUAAGAAAGACCUUAUAUUCUCAUAUUGUCUUAUCAGGAGGAACAACAUUAUUCCAAGGAUUUGGAGAUCGCUUGUUAAACGAAAUAAGAAAAUUUGCUCCUAAGGAUAUAACAAUAAGAAUCAGUGCCCCUCCUGAACGUAAAUUCAGUACUUUCAUUGGCGGAUCCAUUUUAGCUUCCUUAGCAACUUUUAAAAAAAUAUGGAUAUCCAAACAAGAAUUUGAUGAAUACGGGUCCGUUAUAUUACAUAAAAAGUCUUUUUGA